GAGCUAAUCAACGACCGCAGAUGGCUGGGCUAAGCUAGGUUGCAACCAGCUGGCGGGGCCCCUGCGUGCCGCGGUGAGCCGUGCCGACAGCGGACGCCGGACAACACCGCGGGCCGCCGGCCAAUCAGGAAUUAAGCAACGAUAUCUGUGACCAACAAGUGAUGAUUAGAAUGUUCUCUACGGGGAUCUGUUGCGGUGUCUUCGUAUUCUGGGCGCUUGCUGUUACUACACAUGCAGCUCAUUAUCCUAUGUACCUCGCAUUCACUGCUAAGCGCAACGCGUCCGGGUACUGGAUUGUGAAGAUGGACAUGGAUCACUCGUACGGCGUGGGCUGGCAAGUAAGCGAGGCGUUCGAAGCUGCCGUGGACGUCGCCGUCAGGACCUGCAGGAAUGGCGAACUAUUCGAUAUCACAAUCCACUUCAAAGGUCCGGGAGACCCGGCGCCGCGUGACGAAUACCCCAUGUUCAGAAUACCGGCCAGACACGACUCCGCCUUAGGGGGCAGCGGCAACGAGACGGCGUCGUGGCAGGACGCGGCGCGCCUCUGCCGACAGCGGCGCUCCCACCUGGCGGUCGUCAACACCAUGGAGGACCUCGCCGCACUCACCGGCUCUCUCGACCACCGGUCGAGGGCCUACAUCGGAAUUCGAAACCACAAGGGAGCCCUCAUCGAUCAAUACGGCUCUCCAGUGGAUGUCGACAGCACUUUGAUGGUACAGCCACCCUCGCCGGAUUUCGACGUCUGCUACGUGGCUGAUCGUAGCUUCAUGAUGUACCCGGAGCCCUGCGAGUCCAAGGUCAGCUACGUCUGCGAAAGGCGCUUCGCUUGAGAGCUGUUGAGCACGUCGCUCAUCUGGAUACACUUAUACACAUGUGUCGACUCAGUGAUAGGGCUUUCGAGAUAACCAUUACCCAAUAGUUUGCUUAAAUUGGUGUGUAUUUUUAAAUUUAGUGAAUAAAAUAAUAACUUCAGGAUCGAUGGAAUAUAAAUCAGUAAAUAAAUAGACAUGCAGUUAUGAAA